AUGGCCGACUUCUGGCGUCUCUGGCGCUGUUGAAUGGAGAAAGCUUUAUUGUUCCCUUCGGGCAGGAGUGUUCGUGUCCUCUAUGGCGCUGUCAAUAAAGAACGGCAGUUUGAAUCGGUGCUGAACAGGAGCAGACCAGUCUAGUCUGGAAGACACGAAGAAGACGCGUCCUCUGGGCAGAGCUGGCGCAAUGGAGCUCCCUAAUUACAGCCGGCAGCUGCUGCAGCAGCUCUAUACGCUGUGCAAGGAGCAGCAGUUCUGUGACUGCACCAUCUCCAUUGGCACCAUCUACUUCAGGGCCCACAAACUUGUCUUGGCCGCUGCCAGCCUCCUCUUCAAAACCCUGCUGGACAACACAGACACCAUCUCCAUCGAUGCCUCAGUGGUGAGCCCUGAGGAGUUUGCACUCUUGUUAGAAAUGAUGUACACUGGCAAACUACCUGUGGGCAAGCACAACUUCUCCAAAAUCAUCUCUUUGGCUGACAGCCUACAGAUGUUUGAUGUGGCUGUUAGUUGUAAAAACCUCCUGACCAGCCUUGUGAACUGCUCUGUUCAGGGUCAGGUGGUGAGGGAUGUCUCCGUGCCCUCCUCAGAGUCACUAAGGAAGGAAUCCGAGAAGCCUGAAGUCGAAAUCCUUUCCUCUGCGGCGACAGGAGAGCUGCAGUCCUCCCUCGAGGUUUCUGCCCCUCCGGGGAUCCCGGUGAAAGCCGAGACUGAGGAACCUGUCCCUGCUGUUGCACAGGAGAUGAGUGUGGGUCCUUCCCCGGCCCAGGAGAUUCGGGACAGUGCGGGCAUGUCAGUGGAGCCCCCUCAUCCUGCUGAAGUCUGUGUCCCCGCCCCUGUAACUCGUAAGGAGGCACAGCAGGCAAGCGCAGAGCCAGAAUAUGAGAGGAAACGCUACCAGCUGAAUUUUCUUAUAGAAAAUGAAGACCUCUUCUCCAGUGUACUCUUGAUUACCCAGGAUGUUUUAAAAAGACUAGAAGAGUGUUCAGAAAUUAAGGGUGCACAGAAGGAGGCCAUAAUGGGGUGUCUUGAGGGUGAAGGAGGACCUUCCACAUUCCAAAGAAUCCUGGAUAAAGUAAGAGAGGAGAGCCUGGAUGUUCAGACUGUUGUGUCACUGUUGAGGCUGUACCAAGAUUCGAAUUCCUCGGUGAAGAGGGCACUGGUAGACAGGAAACUGGAAGGUGUGGAGGCAGAGCCGUCGAAAGGGAGCACAGAGGAGGGAAAGACCUUGUCUGUUCUGUUACUAGAACACAAAGAGGACCUGAUCCAGUGUGUAACACAGCUGAGACCUAUUACGGAGUUCCUGGAAACUGCCAAGGAGGAAUUCCUGACUGGCACCGAGAAAAAGGUGAUUCUGAAUUGCUGUGAGGGCGGAACACCCAAGGAGACAAUAGAAAAUUUGUUGCACAGAAUGUCAAAAGAGAAGACUCUGACUGCUGAGAGUUUGGUAAAACUCCUCCAGGCUGUGACGAAGUCAUUCCCAAACUUGGGCCUUCUGCUGGAGAAUUUGCAGGAAAUGGCCACUUUACCAAGCACCGCAGUCCAAGCAAGCCCUGAUGAUUAUGGGACUGAGCUAUUGAGACGGUAUCACGAAAACCUCUCUGAGAUUUUCACAGACAACCAGAUGUUACUAAAAAUGAUCUCACAUGUGAAGAGUUUAGCCCCUGGAGAAAGAGAGGUCAUGGAGAAGCUUGUGGAACGUGAUGCUGGUUCAGGUGGCUUCAGUUCCCUGGUGUCCGCAGUCCUAGAAAAGCAGACUCUCUCUGCCACGGCCCUUUGGCAGGUACUGCUGGUGGCUCAGGAGACAAAGACCUGCCCGCUGAAACUGCUUGUGGAGGAGAUCCGCAGGGACCCUGGCGCUGAGGCUUUCCUCCGGGCGGUGACCGCCCCAGAAAGUGCGGCCCUAGUAACCAUCCUGAGGCAUCACACGUCCAUCCUAGAGGCCAUCAAGCACAGCACCGAGGUCAAGGGCCUCACCUCAGAGGAGGAGCACCUGGCAGAGGCUGUCAAAGAGAUUCUGAGCAUUUCCUCUGAGACAGCCAGCCCUGAAGCUUCCCUGAGAGCAGUGCUGAGCAGAGCCACGGAAAAAUCCGUCUCAGCUGUUGAAAUAUGUCACCUCCUGUGCCGCGUCCAAGGUUCUUCCCCGGGCCUGCAGCCUGUCAUGCAGGAGUUGGCACGCAUGGGUUUCCUCACUCAGGAAGAUGGUGAGAAAGAACACUGGAAGGUGAAUGAUAAACUUUACCUUGAAGCCACUGACAAAGCUGAGGGAAAGACAGCCAAGCCAGGUGAAGAAGAAUGCCAGUCUGGGAAGCAGGACCAUCCAGGAGAGACUGGCUCCGUGCCAGAACCAUCCGAGAAAGACACUUCCGCCCCCCCAGACUCUGCCAAAAAGAGCUUCGUCUGUCAGGCCUGUGACAAAAGCUUCCACUUCUACUGCCGCCUGAAAGUGCACAUGAAGCGCUGCCGGGUGGCCAAGAGCAAGCAGGUGCAGUGUAAGGACUGCAGCGAGACCAAGGAGUCCAGGAAGGAGCUGGAGAAGCAUCAGCUGGAGGCCCACGGUGCAGCUGCAGAGGCUGACGCCCCCAAGAAGAAGAAAAAGAGGCUUCCAGUGACGUGUGACCUCUGUGGAAGAGAAUUUGCUCACGCCUCAGGCAUGCAGUACCACAAGCUGACCGAGCACUUCGACGAGAAGCCUUUCUCCUGUGAAGAGUGUGGGGCAAAGUUCGCAGCCAAUUCCACCCUGAAGAACCACCUGCGCCUGCACACGGGGGACCGCCCGUUCAUGUGCAAGCACUGCCUCAUGACCUUCACCCAGGCGUCCGCCCUGGCCUACCACACCAAGAAGAAGCACUCGGAAGGAAAGAUGUACGCAUGCCAGUACUGUGACGCCGUCUUUGCCCAGUCCAUCGAGCUGUCCCGCCACGUGCGGACCCACACUGGGGACAAGCCAUAUGUCUGCAGGGAUUGUGGCAAGGGCUUCCGGCAGGCCAACGGCCUCUCCAUCCACCUGCACACUUUUCAUAACAUCGAAGACCCUUAUGACUGCAAGAAGUGCAGGAUGAGCUUCCCCACGCUGCAGGAUCACCGCAAGCACAUCCACGAGGUGCACUCUAAGGAGUACCACCCCUGCCCCACGUGCGGGAAGAUCUUCAGCGCCCCUUCCAUGCUGGAGCGGCACAUGGUGACCCACGUCGGCGGGAAGCCCUUCAGCUGUGGGAUCUGCAACAAGGCCUACCAGCAAUUGUCUGGCUUGUGGUACCACAACCGGACCCACCAUCCUGAUGUGUUUGCUGCUCAGAACCAUCGAUCUUCCAAGUUCUCAUCACUCCAGUGCAGCUCCUGUGACAAAACGUUUUCCAACACCAUUGAACACAAGAAGCACAUCAAAGCGGAGCACGCAGAUAUGAAGUUCCACGAAUGUGACCAGUGCAAGGAGCUCUUCCCCACGCCAGCCUUGCUGCAGGUUCACAUCAAGUGCCAGCACUCAGGCUCGCAGCCCUUCAGGUGCCUGUACUGCGCAGCGACCUUCCGCUUCCCUGGCGCCCUGCAGCACCACGUCACCACCGAGCACUUCAAGCAGUCGGAGAACACCUUCCCCUGCGAGCUCUGUGGGGAGCUCUUCACCUCCCAGGCCCAGCUGGACAGCCACUUGGAGUCUGAACACCCAAAGGUGACGGACACUGGCACCCAAGCAGCAGCCCCACAGGUGGUGCAGGUGAUCCAAACCCCAGAGCCAGCUGCCCCGGCGGAACAGGUGAUCACACUGGAAGAGACCCAGCUGGCUGGCUCGCAGGUGUUCGUGACGUUGCCAGACGCGCAGACAUCCCAGAGCAGCUCUGAGCUGGUGGCCGUGACUGUGGAGGAUUUGCUGGACGGUACAGUGACCCUGAUCUGUGGCGAGGCCAAGUGAGGGGCUCUGGGCUGGUGGAGGGCCCGCACUUGGGCAGACACGGCGCCCUUGCUUGCCCUGGCCCUCUGUCCUUGGCCAUCCUGACGGCGAGUGUCCUAGCCCAGCAGCCACAGUGUCUCCCUGGGGAAACAGACCUAAGCGCCGUGGUUCUCACAGACGCGGCGGCAGCUGAAUCUGGGCACCACCCUCCCCGUCCCCAGGAGGCAGGCCUGCUUUCCCACUGCUGCCGCUGUGGCCGCUGUGGCCCGCGCCCCCAGGAGGAGUGUGGCUUCCGAGAUAGUCUGAGUGAGCAGUGGCGUGGAGCUGGGCGCCGGCGCCCUUCGCACGGCAGCUGCUGGUGGGGCUGACGUGCCACCAGCCCUUCGGCCACUUGAAGAUCGAGGAGGCACCAACAGCCCCUCCAAGGACCGGGCUGUGCGCACACGUGGCCCCUUCCUCAUUUCUGUCAUCCACCAGCUGUGGGUGGCCCAGCCCCCUGGUGCUGGCAGUGGGCCGGGUAGGCGCGUCAGCACAGGGAGCCCACGUGUCUGGGUUGGCUGCUUUGUCGUUGCUGUCAGCAAAGCCUUUGGGGUGUUUCUGUGGGGGAGUUCAGUGUGACGCCAUCCAGCUACAAGACAGUUUCUGCCUUUCUGGCAUGUGCUUCAUGGCGUUCUACACACAAAGGCUGGCUCCUGCAGCCUUUCCUUGUUAUCCUCUUCCCCUUUCCCUAAUCAAAGCCUAAACUUCUGUCUGGCCCGAGAGCCUUGCCCGUCAGCCUUGCCCCUCGCUCUGAAGCAAGUCAGGUGGGAAUGACCCAGCGUUGUGCCUGUCGGCCGCCGUCCCCCACAUGGCCUUCUGCGCCUCCGGAGGGCCUGCUGUCUGAGCUCUCCAGGCUGCACUGCCACUGUGGGUCAGUGGUCCUGUGGAGUGUGACUUUCACAUCCUUUUUAUCUUCAGUUUCUAAAAUAUAAUCUCAUAAUUAAUGGUUUGUGGGAUUCACUAUGAAGUGCAAUUAAAUGGAUGUAGGUUCCCGCCAUUUAGAGGGAAUGAGGAGUGUUUAUCUUCCUUUUCCUGAGCUGACACCAGAGCAUGAAGCCUGCUGGUGUUGUAUUUACAUUCCAGUGGGACUCUGCUGUCACUCAUGUGGCGUGGCCUCCUGCAGAGGGCAGUGCCCCAUUUGAUCACUCAGCCUCAAGCUCCAGGCUGGUAGAAGAUAAGCCUACACCCCGGACACCUCGCAUGGCCAGGUACCCGUGGGGUGGCAGGUCAUUUGGAUCAUCAUGGGGACUUCUGUUGUGCCCCAAACCACUGGAAGGCUGAAGGUGGAAGCUUAACACUGCCAGCAUGCUCGCUGCCUGCCAUCCUGCUCGGCGGCCUCGCCCAGGCAGCCCCUCCCCCAGGGGGGCCCAGUUUUCAUAGGCAGAUCACUGGAGCCUGUCAGCUCGGGGCUUUCCCAUUCAAGUAAAUGAAGUUUUCAAAGGAAAGAUGGCCUCAAAAGCCGAAAACUGACCAGAAGAUGGUGCUCAAACCUUUAAGACUUCGCUUCCACGUGAAGCUUCCACCAGGCUGCUCUAUCUUAGGUUUCUCAGUCAUGAGAGCUGUCAGACCUGGACAGCACUGGUCUGCAGGUGGCCACGUAAAAUCCAUUGUUCGGCCUCAAGGCCCAAGUCCAGCAGAGAGGAAUGCAGCCCCGCCCAAGCCACGGUCCUUGGUGGGAACUGCGUUGUCAUCAAAUCUUUCCCAGCCCAAGCCCAAAAUAAACAAGAAAUUAAAUGCUGAGGGUCUGUAGGAGAAAGCGUCAGAUGGAGACCCAGAUGUGGCAGGAUUGGCUUCCCUCAGCAUCUCAGACCACAGCUUGCCACGUGGCGGGCGAGCAGAGCAGUCAGACCUGCCGCUGGGUGGCCUCUCGCCCCCGCGUACUCGGCCAGAGGCACGGCCCUGUGCUCUUCCCUUCAGGAGAGCGGGAGGGCCAGCCCGACUUGGCCUUUGCUCUGAGUGGGCCUUUGUGGCAGGCUCUGCUGGCAGUGAUUUUAUACCAAGUUGCUCACUAGAGACACCCAGUGUGGAUUUUGUUGUAGGAAGAUUUUUUUCUAGCUCUCUGGGACUGUUCUGCGUUUUUCUUCCACUUCUGCCCAAGACACCAUCGGAAUCGCUACCACAGCGCCAUCGUGGCGGUCUCCUUUGUCCUGCAUCCCGUGCUCUCAUGGUGGGGGUCUCGUUGCCGUGGGUGCUGUUCUGUGGUCUCCAGCCAGAACCCUGAAACCUUUGUGGCAACGAGGGACGUGGAGGGUCUUUGGGGCACGUGGAUGUAUCUGGUGGAGCCCCAAGGCUUCUCUGUUCCCAGGCUGCUGAAGCCGCCUGUGAGGAGGGAAAAGCAGCAGAUUCCAAGCUGGAGUCUUAAUUCUGUGGGAACAGAAUUUACACCUUAGAAAGCGAGGCAGCAGCUGAGGAUUCAAGAGCAAGGAUUACUGUAGGAGAUGAACUUGGAACUUGGGACCUGAGGGCCAGGAAAGCGGCAGAGACGGCGAUUUCAUCUGGCCUGUCUCGUCUCUCGCCAGCUUUGUGAAUACUGGCUGCCCCUGGUGGCUCAAAUCCUCACUGAGGACCAUCUGCCUCCCCCUGCCACCCAGCACAGGCCACACAUCAGCCUCAUCCUACAGGAGUGAGUGGGGAGACGAGAUCCCUGUCUGGGCCAGAUAGGUAGGCACCCAGAGUCGGGAAAUGGGAGAUGGGUCCGAGGAGUCCCUGUCUCACCCCAGGUGGUGUUGCGGUCACCCCAAGUGGAUGCCUUAUUGGUGCGGAAGAAGGGCGGUGCCUUUACUGCGCGUGUGCCUGAGGCGCACGCCCGGACUGAGGGGCAGAGCUGCCACGCUUGGGUGGCGCGGUUCCGGCUGAGCCAGAAUUCUGUGCAGCGGGGCUGCAGGGAGAAGCAGUGGCAGGGAGACUCGGGGAGCUUUGGUCAGUCCGUGGGGAGACUCGGGGAGCUUUGGUCAGUCUUCCGAAGGAACAUUGGCAGCUGCAGCCCUUCUCUGCUGGCCCAGUGUAUCCCGGGGUAUUUGGGAGGUGGGAGAAAACAGAAGUCAGAGAAAGCUCUGGGUUGAAAAGGAGUGUGGGGGCAAGUUGGCCAUUGUUCUGUUGUCAGGGAAAGCGGUGUGCCGGUGGAACUUGGGCCAAAGGCUCAUAGCAGCCAGAGCCCCAAAAUUUGCUACCUACAGCCUGGCCUGGAAGGGGCGUCUGUGCUUUGGGGAUAUAUGGGUGCAGGGCGCAUAUUAUGCGCUGGGCUAAUUUAGAUCAUUUCCAAAUCAUGGGAAUGUUCACGGCCUCCUUUCCCAAGGCCAACCCCACCUGCUCCCACCCUGGGCAGGACAUCGAGCAGCACGUGAUGCUAUAUAAAUUGAUUACAACCAUUACUCGUUUUCAGCUGGCAUUACUCUAUAUAAAUAAAAUAUGUGUCUUGAAAGAAAUGAUGCUGCCUGAGUUUCAGACGGACUGUGACGACAUGGGCCUGUUUUCUCUCGGGUGCUGGGCAGCAGUUGGCAUCCCUGGGGUGAGGGGCUGACGGGAGCUCUCUGUCAAGCCAAGUCGCAUUUCCUAAACCUUCCCCUGAGACAUGAGCGCCGCGCAAGGUCUAGGAGACGGCCUUGGUGGCAGACCUGGCACA